AUGAAUCGAAUAUUCUCAUUGUUUCAUAAUAAGAAUGAUGCACCAUUAUCAAAAAUAUCUCGUAAGAAUUUUAUUGAGUCAUUAAUUGUUCAUAAACAGACAAAAGAAUUUUCAUCAUGUUUACGACAAAAAGAUGAUCGAACAUUAUGUAUUGAUGGAUUUUUUGAUUUAUUACCAAAAAUACUUGAUGAAAAUUAUAUGUUGAAUUUAUUUGAAUUAAUUUAUAAAAAAUCACGAUUAACAUCAAAACAAUUAUCAACAAUAAUUGUCAAUAAACUUUCACGUGCAAUUUUUGAUGAAAAUUUUGAUUUAUGUGAAAAAAUUCUACAUUUACCAUUUCAAUCUUUACAAAUGUCUUUAUCAACUUUUGCACUUAUUAAAUUGACUCAUGCAUGUUUAAAUAAGAAUCAAUUAAUUCGAUGUUUAUCAAUUUUAAUUGACAAAAAUCUUCCUUAUGAUACUGAAUAUUUUUCUUGGAUCUUAAUAACUAUUUUUGAACAUUAUAUAAUAGGUGAUGAAAUUAUUAUUGAACAUCUAUUAAAUCUUAAAAAAAAUAGUAAUGUAUUAUCUACACGUUAUGGAAAUAAUAAUAUUACACCAUUAAUGCUUUUCUUUCAUUUAUAUUCAAACAAUAAAUGUCAGAUACUGAUUGAUAAUUAUUUAUCGAAUAUUAAUGAUCAAUCGAUAUUACUUCAAUGUGAUAGAUGGAAUCGUUCAUAUUUAAUGCAUCUAUUAUGUGGACAAUGUCAACAUGAAUCUGAAGAAAAUUCUUUUGAAAUAUUACCUGAUGAUAUUUUAGAUAUAAAUAAAAAACUUCUUAAUCGAUGUCCACAUGCUUUAGUUAUUCUUUCGAAAUUUUCAAUGUUGUAUAAGUUAGGAAAUAAAUGUGAUACAAUAAUUAAAACAAUUUUAACAUCACAAUAUUGUCUUUCACUGCGAAUUAUUUUAUUUAAUUUUUUAUUAGAAAAUGAUUCAUCAAUGGAACUUAAAUUUAAUGAAUUUUUCAAUUAUUUUCCUCCACAAUCUAUUCCAAUUUAUUCGAAUUAUCUCAAACGAUUAGUUCAUAAACAUAAUUUAAAUUCUGCUCUUGCUUCUGUAUUAUUCAAUCAUCGAAAUAAUCAAUCUAUUGAACAAACAAUUAAAUUUCUUUUGCAACAAGGUGCUCGUAUAGAUCAUAUGAAAAAUAUGAAUUAUAUUAUAACUACUCUACUUUCAAAUAAUCGUUCAAUGAUUCCAUUCAUGCUACUUGAUUAUUCAUUGUAUAUUGAUAUACCUUAUCAGAUGUGGUUAAACGAACGAAGUCCAAGCAUGACUUUAUAUAUAUGUCGCAUUAUUCAGUGCGGUUAUCCUAAUGAAUUUCGAACAAAAUUUCAAGAAUUCAAGUCUCAUCUAUCUGCACAAACAGUGAAAGUAAUAGAAAAAUUUAUUGAUUUAAAAAAUCCAUUAUGUUUAUCAAAAUUGUGUUUACAAAAAUUAAGAAGUUCAUUGAAAAAUUUAGGUGAUGAAACAAAUGAUAAAUUAAAAGUUUAUAUACCAAAUCGAUUAAGAAAAUCGAUAACAUUCUUUGGAUACGAUGAAUGUCUAACAUAUUUUCGAUUGGUUAUAAAUACUGGAUAA